AUGAUGGCCUGUGUCGACGCUAGUUGCAAUUUCAAGUUGACAUCGAACUCCGGAUCCUUCCAUAGCCCAAAUUAUCCAAAUAAUUAUGCUAGUGGAAAGUGUGAAUAUAAAAUUACAGUUCCUAAAGGUAAAGCGGUCCAGUUAACCUGGAAAACUUUCAAUGUUGGUCCUUCCAAGGUGAAUAAGAAGUGUCCUGGAGAUACAGUUUCGGUCUAUGAUGGCACUAAGGACAAAAAUAAUGGCAUUGACAUUCUGUGUGGGCAAGAAAUUCAAUCAAUUACAUCGAGUGGCGGUAACCUGACUAUCAUUUUAGAUAGUAAAAGCGACAAAAAAUAUAAAGGUUUUUCAGCUUCCUAUACUACAAUUGACGUAGCCUGUAAUGGUAUGACUUUAUCGACCGAUUCAGGAUAUAUUGCCUCUCCCAAUUAUCCUAACCCAUAUCCAAUUAAUUCAAAUUGUUUGUAUAAAAUACAACUGCCACCUAGGAAAGUUAUAGCUAUUGGCUGGUUAGGCUUUGAUAUUCCUUUUGGCCAACCAUCAAAUUGUCAAGACUACGUGGAAGUUUAUGAUAAAGAACCCACAGAAAGCAGUAAAGUUUAUCGCUAUUGUGACCCUGGAUAUUAUCCACCCCAAUUUACCUCUAGCAGCAAUGUAGCCUAUAUAAAAUUUGUUAGUUCCAGUACCAAAAACAAGAAUCACAAAGGUUUUAUUGCUUAUUAUCGAUCAGGUACCAGACAAACCUGCAAUAUCAAUUAUGGUACUGCGACAGGAGUCGUUACAGUUCCUAAUGUACCAUCACUAGUUGGUCAAAAUUUGGACUGUAAAAUUAACAUCAACGCGAAAUUGUCUGAUAUAAUUAAUUUUAAAUGGAUGGAAUUUGGCUCUGAUUUAUUCUCUAAGCCCGACUCUUGUCAAAAUUUUAUCGAAAUUUACGGUGGUGACAUGACUGCAUCUAAUUUAGUCUCGAAGAAAUGUAAUUCUAAAACAGGUUCUAGCGUCAGCAUGAAUGGUACAACGGCUAUUGUGCAUUAUAAAAUCAAAAAUUAUAACACCAAAAAAAACUUUCGCUUAGUUUAUCAAGGAGUAACAACUGGAGUUUUACAUAAAGAAAUUAUAUUCAAAAAUGCUACAUGUGAAGCUAUUGAAUGGUAUUACAAUACACCAUUUGGCAAAGUUAUUUCUAGAACUUCGUUCUCUUGCAGCUCAGCUACAUAA